CUCAUCUGAAUGUUGGGGUUCAUUUUUUACUUAAACACACGUGUGUCUUCUUCCACCAGCACAUAUUCAAAUUCUGUUCCAUAGAACCAAAUACAAGAUGUUUUAUCAUCAGUGAUGACGCAUAUGUAAGAAAUAUACGUAAAUUAGGGAAUGAAUUCAAAUGUGAUGCACACAGGUGAGAGAACAAUGACUGUAUUUGUGUUUUUAUGAGUGUAAAUGAACAAACUGAAGAUGGGAGGAGCUGAAGAGGAGGAUGAGAUGAAGAUGAAACCCAUAAUAUCCAUCUGUUCUAAUGAUUUAACAUUCAAGACAGAAAGGAUAGAAACUAAAGGUCCUUCAGUCAGAACUGUCCUGUUGUGACUUUUCAUUAUUGUCAUUUAUUUAACCAUUUUUUUGUAUGGUUUUGUGGAUUUUUUUCCUUCAUAUCAGAGCUUGUUCUUGUUUGUUUCUCUCAGAAAUGGAGAUACUUGCAUUUCUAUCUCUUAUCACAGCUGUCUUCAGUUUAUCUGCAAGUGUCCCACGUCAGUAUCACUUUGUGAAUAUAAAUUUGACCUGGACUGAAGCUCAGAGAUACUGCAGAGAGAAUUACACAGAUCUGGCCACCAUCAACAACAAGAAUGACAUAGAAGAGCUGCUGAAGAGUGUGAAUGAUGAUCCGGUUCAGUUUGUGUGGAUUGGGCUGCAGAAGACAGUCAGUUAUAAAUGGAAGUGGUCUCUGGGUGACCCUGCGUUCUACACAGGAAAUGAUGCACAAUAUCGCAACUGGGCACAGGGACAACCAAAUGGUGAUGGUGACUGUAGUAACAUGAAUCCUGGACAAUGGAAUGAUUAUGGAUGUAAUAACAGCUUACCUUUCAUAUGUUACAAUGACAGCAGUAAAGGAUAUAUCCCUGUGAAUUGGACAAUGACUUGGAGAGCUGCUCAGAGAUUCUGCAGAGAGUAUCACACAGAUCUGGUCAGUGUGAGGAACCAGACAGAGAAUCAACAGAUUGAGAAGAUCUGGAAUGAUACACGUAUUAUAUCUGGAGUCUGGAUCGGUCUGUUCAGAGACUCAUGGGAGUGGUCCGAUCAGAGUAAAUCCUCAUUCAGAAACUGGAUCACAGGUGUAUCUGAUAAUGUUAGGGGGAAGAAAAACUGUGCAGUGAUUUGGGUCAAUACAGACCGUGGACAAUGGGAUGACAGGACUUGUAAUUUAAAAUAUCCCUUUAUCUGCCAUGAAGAUAAACUGGUUUUGAUUAAGCAGAAUCUGAGCUGGCCAGAAGCUCUGAAAUACUGCAGAGAGAAUCACAUGGAUCUGGUGUCAGUUCACUCUGAGCAGAUUCAGCGUCGGGUGAUGAAUGUGGUUCAGAAGGCCUCCACUGCUGAAGUGUGGAUGGGUCUACGCCAUUCCUGCACUCUGGGCAUCUGGUUCUGGGUGAAUGGAGAGAUCAUGUGCUAUCAGAACUGGGCUGCAGGUCACGGGACCGGAGUGGAUGACUGCAUGCAUGUACCGAGAGUUGGAGCAGUUCAGUCUGGAGGAGAUCAGCGCUGGGUCAGCCUUCCUCAAACUCACAAACUCAACUUCAUCUGCACCAACUAUGAAGGAUGAUCAUCAUCUGCAGUCAGUGGAGUCAGAAUUUCACCACUUUAUGUUUCAUUUCAAACUUCUGUUUCUUUUUUUCAUGACUAUGUAUGACGCUGUAUGACCAUUUAAAAUGUCAUAUUUCAUGUCAGAAUGCAGGUUCUGUUCUGAUGAUUCAGAUUCACUGAUAAAAUGAUGCAUGCAAAAAUGUACACUAUUCAAUUUAGCUUUGCUUUUACUAUCAUAUUUUACUUUUGGACAUGUCAUUUAGUAUAACUAUGAACUGUCUGUUUUAAAGUGUUUUAGAAAAUUUAUUUUUCUUCUGGAGUUUUUCAACAAGGUGAACUAAUUGAAUGGGCUUCUGAUGGGUGACUUUUGCUUUACACAAUCCUUAUUUGUAUU